AUGGUUGACGCUCCUGAAAGCCCGCAGCCGCAGCAACAAACUCCUGGAAGGUCUCCCUUCCAAAAUGGCGUUAGAACGAACGGUCGUGCUUUCAACUCCCCUAACUGGCGUAUGAAGGGAGAAGAAAGCCCCAGCUUGGAGGGUCAGGGUUCUCCUAAGCCCAGGACAAACACCUCCAGACUGGCUUUCAGCAGACCAAGCCCACAUGUCCCCCAUGCUAUUUCCGAGGGCCGACGUCUCUAUGUCGGCAAUAUGCCCUAUACUGCCAAGUCUGAGGAUGUGGAAGCCCUGUUUACGGCGGCGAAAUUUUCCAUCGAGCGUAUCGACAUUGCGAUCGAUCCUUUCACGGGCCGCAACCCCUCCUACUGCUUCGUCGACCUGCCGACAAAGGAGCUCGCUGAUCGGGCAAUGGGCCAAUUGGACGGCCAUGACAUGCUUGGUCGGCCUGUCAAGAUCAAGCCCGGUGUGGUGAAGUCUCAGCAACAGCGCAUGGACGGAGAGAAGAGCUCGCCAUUUUCGAUCGAUCGCUGGAGGAAGAAUGAAACUCCCACUUUCGCCAAGGUGAACAGUGACUCCAGCCGUCGUCUGUAUGUCGGUGGUCUCCCCAAAUUGACCGACCACGAAGCUCUCAGCAUCAACAUCAACAAUUUCUUCAAGGAUUUCGAGGUUGAGAACGUUAGCAAGCUGUUUACUCCUCACCCCUCCAAGCGAUUUGAACCCGGUGACCACUACUAUCUCUUUGUCGACUUCAGCAGCAUUCAAGAGGCCCAGGACGCCAUGAACACUAUGAAUGGCAAGGAGGGUCCUUGGGGCGCCAACCUUAGGGUCCAACGGGCCCGGGGAGAGACAUGGAGGGACGACAGAAGCAAAAUGCCAUCUACCCAGACGACUGAGAUCCCUGCAACCGACGAAGUUCCCGUUGGGGUAUAG